GAUGGUACGUCAUUAACGCGCGCCGCCGGAUGUUCAAAAAGGUGGAUUCUUCUGUGCUGUCAACAUAAUGCUCGUUUAUGGGAGGUUUUAAUAUAAAUAAUUGGUAACUAUGCCCAAAAGUCUGAAAAAGUCGUGUACCACCCAGACGUCCAUUAGCAGGUACUUCGGGGGAUUGAGUAGCAGUAGUGUGCCAAAAACACAAGCUAAGUCUAAUCCUCAAAGAGGCAAGAAGCGUGCCUCCCACCAUCAUUCUGACUCACCUUCCAAACAAGCCAGGCUCUCCCUUCAGGUUCAAGAAGAUGGAGACAUUGACACAGAUUCCACUCAGAGCUCUACAGACUCAAAGAGUCGAGGGCUGGGUGGUUUGUGCCGGUCCACUUUGGAGAGGCUGAAAGGCUUCACAUGCACGGCUGAUACUCAAGACAGCUGUGAUGUUGAAGUGAAGGAGGCAAGCGGUGGAAUCCAUGACGUCUGUCUGUCUGACAGUUCAAAGCAGAUGUUGUGCUUCUCCCAGUUUGCCAAGCCAGUUGACAAAAGAGGGGCUGCUGGAAAAAGGGCCACAGAACUCAGUCCCCCAUCAGACGGUGGCGCCGCAUCAAGACGCACCAAGAGUGUUUACACACCUCUGGAGCAACAGGUGAUCCAGCUGAAACAGCAGCACAAGAACGCCUUGUUGGCUGUGGAGUGUGGAUACAAGUACAGGUUCUUUGGAGACGAUGCUGAGAUUGCAGCAAAGGAGUUGAACAUCACCUGUCAUCUGGACCAUAACUUCAUGACCUGCAGCAUCCCUACACACCGUUUGUUUGUUCACGUCCGACGACUGGUGUCUCAUGGCCACAAGGUGGGUGUUGUCAAGCAGACUGAGACAUCCGCCAUCAAAGCAUCAGGGGCCAAUAAGAAUGCUCUGUUCACUCGGCAGCUCAGUGCGCUGUACACCAAGUCCACACUUGUGGGGGAGGAUGUAAACCCAGUCUGCAGACUGGAUGAUCAUGAGGAGGGUGGUGGUCAUGAUACAGUGUUGGAACCUCCUGACAGCUUCCUGUUGUGUGUCAGUGAGAACUGGAACACGUUGAAGAAGCAGCUCACUGUGGGACUAGUGGCAGUUCAGCCCAUCACGGGAGAUGUCCUGCUGGACUCUUUCAUCGAUGGUCAGUCUCGCUCGGAACUUGAGAGCCGUGUCUUGAAGAUCAACCCUGUGGAGAUCUUGGUGCCCUCGGACCUCUCGGAGCCAACUCACAGACUCUUGCAGAGCAUCACUAAUGCCAGUGCUAAAGCUGACGACAAAGUGCGAGUUGAGAAGAGGGACAGCGCCUGCUUUGAGUUUGCCUCUGCAAUGAACAUAGUCACUGAAUUCUAUUGCCACAACCAGGUUGAAGGUGUGUCUGCCGGCUGUCACUCUCUAUCCAGUGUGGUGUCCCUGGAAAGCCCAGUAAUCUGCUGUUUGGGACCUCUCAUCCAGUACCUUCAAGAGUUUAGCUUGGAGAGAGUGCUUAGGAGUGAAAGCUCCUUCCAACGUCUGAGUUGUGAGUCGGAGGGGAUGAUACUCAAUGCAGCCACCCUUAAAAACUUAGAAAUCCUCAACAAUCAGACAGAUGGGGAUGUGAGGGGCAGUCUGCUGUGGGUGUUGGAUCACACUCUUUCUCCGUUUGGGAGGAGGUUGAUGAGGAAGUGGGUGACCCAGCCGCUCACAAACAUACGGUCUAUCCUGGAGAGGCAGGAUGCAGUGCAGGAGAUCCUUGAUUCUGACUCCCAAACGUUAAAUUCCACAAAAUCCCUGCUGACCCAUUUGCCUGAUCUGGAGAGAGGACUUUGCUGCAUAUACAACAAAAAGUCCUCAACACAGGAGUUUUACCUCAUCAUUAGCAGCCUUUGUCGCUUGGCUCGGCAACUGCAGGCACUGCUGCCAGCUAUCAGAGCACAGAUAACCUCUGAGCUGAUUCAAGGACUCCUGCUGGACGUCCCGGACCUGUUGGAGCCAGCCCAUGACUUCCUGAACGUGCUUAAUGAAAAAGCGGCCAAGUGUGGGAAUAAAACUGAGCUGUUCUCAGAUCUGUCCAGCUUCCCAGUGCUGCAGGAUAGAAAAGAUCAGAUCCGAAGUGUUUUAGAGGAGAUUCAGAACCAUCGCGAAUACUUCAGACUGGCACUCAAGGCCCCCACCAUGGACUACACCACUGUGUCGGGACUGGAGUUCCUGAUUGAGGUGAAGAACUCACAGUCAUCCAUCGUUCCUCAUGACUGGGUCAAAAUCAACAGCACCAAAACAGUCGGCAGGUAUCAUUCUCCAUUUCUAGUGGAGCGCCUCAAGAAGCUGCUGCAGCUCCGAGAACAGCUGCUGCUGGACUGCCAGAAGGAGUGGACCACAUUUAUGGAUGAGUUCGGGGAGCACUAUCACACCAUGAAAAGGGCUAUUAGUCACCUAGCAACCAUGGACUGUCUUUUCUCAUUGGCUGAGGUAGCCAAACAAGGGGACUAUUGCAGGCCAGAGGUGUGCGACAGUGAACGUCAGAUUGUCAUCCGGGAUGGCAGGCACCCAGCUAUAGACCUACUAAUGGGACAGCACAGUCAGUUUGUGCCAAACUGUACACAACUGCAGGGUGAUAGAAAGAGAACAAUGAUCAUCACAGGUCCAAACAUGGGCGGGAAGAGCUCCUAUAUUCGCCAGGUGGCUCUCAUCUGUGUAAUGGCACAGAUGGGCUCCUACGUGCCAAGCUCUGAGGCCCGUCUGGGCAUUUUGGAUGGCAUUUAUACCAGAAUGGGAGCGUCCGACAACAUCUACAAAGGGCGCAGCACCUUCAUGGAGGAGCUGAUGGAGGCGUCAGAGAUUAUUUCCCACGCAACUGAGCGUUCCCUGGUCAUCUUGGACGAGCUUGGUCGGGGCACCAGCACCCACGAUGGCAUCGCCAUAGCCUAUGCUACCCUUGAGUACUUCAUCCGAGAUGUGAAGUCUCUCACCCUGUUUGUGACCCAUUACCCUCCCCUGUGUGAGCUGGAGAGGAUGUAUCCACAAAGUGUGGCCAACUACCACAUGUCCUUCCUACUCAAUGAACCUAACGAGGCCACUGACAAGGAUGAUGAAGAGAUUCGACCACAGUUCAUCACCUUCCUCUACCAGUUAAGCGAAGGAGCUGCAGCGAGGAGUUAUGGCCUCAAUGUCGCCCGCUUGGCUGACAUCCCAAUAUCAAUAAUACACACUGCGGCCCUUAAAGCCCGAGAGCUGGAGGACACAGUCAACAAGCGAAGGAAAAAUAAGAAGUUACUGACAGAGCUUUGGAGCAUCACAGAUAAACCUUCUCUGACGGAGUGGCUGAAGUCUACUUCCUGACACCCUCGCAACUAAAUACACAAUCAGGACAUAGAUGUGCACACAAAUCCGAUUUUUUUAAGCAUCUCAGGCUGGUUUAAUGUGGUGCUAUCCUCAAAUAAACAAUAGUGAUAACAUGCACGAAGUGUCAUUUUUGCUCGAAUCCCUCAAAUAAUAACAGACAUGUUUUUAGCGUUAGGGUAGGGGAAGGGGUGUAACGGUACACAAAAAUUUCGGUUCGGUACGUACCUCAGUUUAGAGGUCACGGUUCGGUUCAUUUUCGGUACAGUAAGAAAACAACAAAAUAUAAAUUUUUGGGUUAUUUAUUUACCAAAUUUGCAAAAUCUUCCAGCAAAAAUAUUUUUCCUAGUGGGAUAUUUGAUGUGAAGUAAGGAUAGGUCAAUAAUU